AUGUAUCCGUAUAGACUUGUCUUCGGUAAAGCCUGUCACUUGCCUGUAGAAUUAGAACACCGAGCUUAUUGGGAUAUUAAACGGCUAAAUUUUGACCUACCUACUUCUGGUGAUAACCGUAGACUUCAGCUCAAUGAGUUAGAAGAAAUUCGUAAUGAUUCUUACCAAAAUGCGAAAAUUUACAAGGAGAAAACCAAAGUUUUUCACGACAAAUCAAUUCUUCGAAAGUCGUUUACACCAGGCCAGAAAGUUCUCUUGUAUAAUUCUCGCCUUCACCUUUUUCCUGGUAAGCUUAGAUCUCGCUGGACUGGCCCAUUCUAUGUCAAGACCGUGUAUCCGCACGGUGCUAUUGAGGUUAGGAAGCAUGAUACUGGAGAGACUUUUAAAGUCAACGGUCAGCGGUUGAAACCAUUUAUCGAAUUGACCAACCCUGAAGUGGAUACAAAUUUACAGGAUCUCGUUUAUCACGACUAA